CGGAAGUGCCCGGCCGGGACGGCCACGCCUUCCGAUCUCGCAAAUACGGCCUGGCUCUGGUGCUAUGGCUGCGCUGGGCCGGCAGGUCCUUGACUGGCACCGCCCAAUCUUCCUUACCUGGUCCUGUUUGACUAGGCGGACCUCUCAUUUUGGACAGCCAAAAAAGAUAACAGUGUCUUUGUUGUGUGAACUGAAUACAGUGUCCAAUAGAAGGUCCUAUGUUGGACCCAAGAAGUAUCUUCAGGAACCAGAACCCAGGGCACAUCUAGUUCAGUGCUUCUCCAAGAAGCAGAGUACUCCAGUCGAUUCAGGGUCCUUGGAAAUAGAGAAGGUCAUCAGUUCCCUCCUGGACAUGGGUUUCAGUGAUGCCCAUAUUAGUGAAUUGCUCAGUAUACAGCCUGGUACCAACCUCCAACAAAUGCUGGACAUCAUCGCAGAAUUUAUACUCUUGGGUUUGAAUCCAGAGCCUGUGUGUAUGGCUUUGAAGAAAAGUCCCCAGAUACUGAAACUACCUACUGUGCAAAUAAAGAAACGUUCCAGUUACCUUCGAAAACUUGGCCUUGGGGAAGGGAAGCUAAAGAAGGUGCUUUCUGGCUGCCCUGAGGUUUUCACUGCGCGCCACCAGGACAUUGAUGUUACGGUCAGGGUCCUCAAGGAGAAGUGCCUGUUCACAGUACAGCAAGUCACUGAGAUUUUGCACAGAUGUCCUGCUGUUUUUCGGGAGAACCCCAGUGAACUGGAAUACAAAUUCCAGUAUGCAUAUUUUCGGAUGGGACUUAAGCAUCUGGACAUAGUUAGGACUGAGUUCUUUCAGUACUCAAUAACCAAGAUCAAACAGAGGCACAUUUACUUGGAGCGCCUUGGGCGGUACCAAACUCCUGAUAAGAAAGGACAGACACAGAUCCCUAACCCUUUACUCAAGGAUAUCCUCAGGAUUUCAGAAGCUGAGUUUUUGGCCAGGACGGCCCAUUCCUCUGCUGAGGAGUUUGAGGUUUUUAAAAAGCUUUUGGCUCGAGAAGAGGAAGAGGAGCCUGAGUGCAGUACAUCUGAGAAGGAAGAGGAAGAUGAGGAGGUGCUGUGAUAGAGGAUUGGGACAAGAAAGGACCAGAGAUGUUACAGAACAGUUUCAUAUUGUCAGAGCUUUGGUAAGCUUCACUGGCAUUUUUCCUUCUUACAGUGGCUUUUUGAUGAAAAAUUAUGAGCCACUGAAGUUCAGCUACUUCAAACCAGAUUGGGGUUGCUUCGGUGUGAUCUGUUGGAGCCUGUGGAAGGCUCUAUUCCAUUCUAAAUAAAAGACUCACUUGUUCAAA